UCAUGGUUUCUCAGGGCCGAAGCGAUUUUCAGGGGCUCCCAAGUGCUGAUUCAGGGGCAGAAAUUGCUAGUUCUUUAACCCAAAAGGAAGAUGCCACUCAAAGCCAUAUUUUUGAGGCAAGAAAUAAGGAUGAACCUUCCAACUCACAGAAAACCCAAACAAACAAUGAAACUCUGUCUGCUAAUGAAGAAAGCAUACAUAGAAACAUUGAAACAUCUGACAAUAUAUCACAGUUGCCCAGCACACAACAAAAAUCCAACCCAAGCGCAGCAAAGGGCAUUGGUUCACAAGAUGUUCCUUCUCCACAUCUCGGAACUUCAACAGGCAAGGCUCGGGACUUGAACAGUGAAAAUAAGAUGUUGCUAUCUGGCGUUCAGACAAUCCCUGAGCAACUGCCAUUGAUUUUGACCGAGGGAGAUGCGGAGGAACAUGAAUCACUGACAAUCAUUGCAGGAAAUGAACAAUUACAGGGUGUCUCGACUCAAGCUGUUCUUGGCAAUAAUAAUAAUCCUGGUGCCAGUGGUAUGAUGGUAUUCUCGUCAGCUGCCAUAGCACCAUCAGGUCAAAUCAUACCAAUUGGUGGUACAAAUCUGCUGGUAUUACACAGUAUAGAUGGUCAGGGUCAAGUCUACCAGCAAGGCACUGUCUUUGUACAGGCUGGUCAGACGCCGGCUGAACAGAAAGAGACAACGCAGCCAAGUGAAGAAAAAGAUGGAAAUAAGGAAUAUAAAUGCUCUGAACCUGGUUGCUCCAAGAUUGCUCCAACUUCGUGCAAACUUAAACUUCACAUGUUAUCACAUACUGGGGAACGACCUCAUAAGUGUCCAUUACCAGGAUGUGAUUGGGCUUUUACCACAGCUUACAAACUAAAACGGCAUAUGCGUGGUCACACUGGUGAAAAACCUUUCAUUUGUGAAAUCAACGACUGUGGAAAGACCUUUACAACAACCUACAACCUAAAGACUCAUCAGAAAGCGCAUGUUCGUGAACAGACCAACGUUUGCUUGUUCCCUGGUUGCGGGCUAAGCUUUACCACACUUCAUCGACUGCGUGUCCACGAAAAGAAACACGUGGUCUCGCACGAGGUGCACACGUGCACCAUUGAUGGUUGCGGGAAGCAGUUCAAAUCAUUGGGAUAUUACAAUACGCACGUGAAGACGCAUACUGGAGAACGCCCGCACGCAUGCACGUACGAAGGAUGCGACAAGCGGUUCACCAAAGCCUCCAAGUUGAAACUUCAUGUGAGAACACAUACUGGAGAGCGACCAUUUGUCUGCAAUGAAGAGGGUUGUACAUGGUCCUUCACAAGUGCGUAUAAGCUGAAACGUCACAUGAGAAAACACAGCGGAGAGCGUCCGUUCACAUGUCAAUACGCGGGUUGUGGAAAGUCUUUCACCCGAGCCAGCCACAUGAGAACACAUCAGAUGUCCCACACUGGAGAGAAACCUUUUAUUUGUUCAUAUGAAAACUGUCGCAAGGGUUUUACAGCUGCCAGCACACUCACGAUACAUUUGAGAAAACAUUCUGGAGACAAGCCAUUCAGGUGUGCCGUUGAAGGCUGUGACAAGGCGUACACAACUGCGGCCAAUCUGAGAUUGCAUCAAAAACGACACGAAGAAAAGAACUCAAGUCCCGAAGAGACAAUGGAUCAAGAACAAUGUUCAGAUCAACCGGCGUCUAUACAUUAUGUAGAUAUCGGUGGGGUGAACUCUGUGGUGUCGACUAGUACUAGCCCUGUCCCCAACACCCCCUACCCAGUUAUCCAUCCAUUUAGCGGAGAAGACUUCGCUUCCGAAGAUGUCGCCUCGUUGACCGUCGUACAUUACUCGACCGAGGAGACAUUCCCGCCUCAGACACCAGUCUCCGAUUCCUCUCACGGCAUUUGUUUCCAGUUCUCUUCCAACGAUUCGUACGCCAGCACGUCGCAUGGCAACGUGCCUUUUACCGCUGGUACGCCACUGCCGUCGCCGGGGGCUCAUUACGUUCAAGCGAGUAUGGACGUCGAGGUAUCUGAGGACCUGAGCACAAGUCAUGGUUCUAGAAGUGCUGACCAAGUAAAUUCCGAAGGAUUUGACAUGCAGGAACAAAGUCCCUCGUGUGAAACAUACGUCGUCCGAGAGAGGGGACACAUUGUCCGGGAACGAAGUGCCGAUGAUGAAGGAUACAUUGUGCAAGAACCAAAUUCCGAUGAUGAGGCGUAUAUUGUCCAGGAUGAAAACGCCGGUAACGAAAGGUACAUUGUCCGCGAAGGGCAGAUUAUCCGGGACGAGCCUUCCGGUAGCGAAGGUUACAUUGUUCGUGAACAAAAUUCUCCUGAUGAUGGUUACAUUGUCGGGUCAGAGAAUUCACCUUCUCAAGAAUAUAUUGAACAAUCCUCUGAGACUCAAGACUAUAUUCCCCAGGGACAGAAUUCGGAGAGAAGUAAAACCUCCGAGGAUCUAACAUUGCCCACCAUGGUGGUCUUUAUCUCCCCGGAUAAUGAAUCCCCUGGGCAAACAGUGGUUGUGACUGAAGACAUGGAUGAGACGAAUGAACAGACAGACAGACAUAUCACAUUGAGAGAACCAGCUUCAAUUGGGCAAUCGGCCCCACCUUCCAUCAUAUUCCAGGGUAAGGAAGUGAAGCAUUCAAACGAGCAGGCAAAAUUAACCGACAAUAACAUGAAAGAUUCAAUAGACCGGACACGCAAUGAAUUACCUGUGUCAAACCUCAGUCUUAAUCUAUCCCUAUCCGAUGACAUUGAUAAAUCCCCUGUGUCCCCAUUUACAACGCAUGUCCACGACCAUCCCCUAGAUCACGAGAGCACUAUUAAUCUUCAGGACUUAAGGUAACAGUGGUGUACCGAGUAGUUAUUUGGAAACUCGAUAGCAAUCGCGGAGACAGCGGAAUGAAAUCAGGAAAAUUGCAAAAGCUGGUACGAAAUGGUAAUGGUUAUGGUCUAGUCAACAUCCCAGGAUUUUUCUUUCACCGCAUACUAAAAUUGGGGCAGUAAUAGCCCGCACGGCAGGCAGACUAGAACUGUUGUGAACACUCUGCUAUCGAGGCACUGUGAUUGAAGCCAAUUACACCAAUUAAUAAUAUAUAAUUAUAUAAUAUACGUUGGUAGUAAAUAUAGUCAUCCAGCGUCAAAAUCACUACA